AGAGAACUGAGUGCUGUGAUAAGGCCCUGAAUGUGAACACCUAAUAGACAACCCAAUGAACAAGCGAUUACGCGUGGCUUGGUUGUUGGGCAGUAAUCAGUUAUCAACCGACGAUUUUGAAGGAAUUACUCACAUUUGGGAAGCAGAGGUUUUAAUUAUAUAUUUGUUUUUGUUAUUUUUGUCGGCACUUAAGAAUCCAAUCACUGUUCAUAUAAUUCGCUAUCACACACAGGUAAUCACGAAAGUCCAAGAGACAAGCCAUGACGUAUGUAUGUUAGAGAUAUUUAUCGUAAACUUACAUGACUAAUGGAAGGUUUCCAUCUGGGCGCCUCGCUUGCUGAAAGGUGACAUGCAGUAAACCUUGAUCUAAUUCCUUCGUCCGUGUUUUAUAUUAAGUUGGCCAUGCUCUCUGGCCAGUUUACUAGUCUAUUUCGAGGAACCUAACUGGCAAGAUGUCGAGGUCUGGAAUAAUAUAUCUUCUGCUGCUGCUGCAAGUGGUGCUUAACUCUGGCAAGCCUCUGCCAGCAGGUGUCUAUGAUCCGGAGGAGGCGGCUGGCUUUGUGGAAGGGGAUAUGAUGCUGACGGAGGAGCAGCAAAGGAGGCUGGAGCAUGGGGCUCCAAUGGCCCGCAAUGGACUCAUCAAUACGGAAAGGCGAUGGCCCGGCAAUGUGGUGGUCUAUAGGAUCUCGGAUGACUUUGAUGCGGCGCACAAGAAGGCCAUCCAGAGUGGCAUCGAUACCUUGGAGCAGAACACCUGUUUGAAGUUCAGGGAAGCCACCGACGAGGAUACGGCCUAUGUGACCGUUACGGCCAAGUCAGGAGGUUGCUACACGGCGGUGGGAUACCAAGGAGCGCCGCAGGAAAUGAACCUAGAGAUUUACCCGCUGGGCGAAGGAUGUUUCAGGCCAGGGACCAUCCUGCACGAGUUCAUGCACGCCCUGGGAUUCUAUCACCAACAGAGCUCGGCCAUACGAGAUGGUUAUAUAAACGUGGUCUAUGACAACAUCGUGCCCGGCAAGGAGUUUAAUUUCCAAAAGUAUGCCGACACAGUGGUGACCGAUUUUGAAAUGGGUUACGACUACGACAGCUGUCUGCAUUAUCGACCAGGAGCCUUCUCCAUCAACGGCGAGGAUACCAUUGUUCCGCUGAAUGCCACUGCGCAAAUUGGACAGCGAGUGGGUCUCAGCUCAAAGGAUAUUGAUAAGAUCAACAUUAUGUACAAGUGCCCCAUUCUGCUGUGAUUCAGAAUCGGGUAGAUUGUGUACUAGUAUACUAAUUGUGAUAUAUACAUAGCUAUAUUUUUCAGCCACCGACUGAAGCGAUUAGAUCGGUUUUAUUGAUCUACGCUGUCAUUGUCAUUGCGGGCUGUACUAUUUAUAAAGAAACGUAAAUUAAAGCCAUAUUCCUGUAUGACAUA